CCUCAGGCUCCUUAGUGUUAUAUGUCUAUAUAAAAACAAAACUUCUUCCUCGCAAACGCAAAAACUUUUCACAACCUUCUCUCUUGGUCACACACACCCACCACUCUCCACAUCCCGAACCACCUCACUCCAUCGACACAACAUCAAACACCACCAGGACAAACAAAACAAGAAAACAUGGCACCAACCGGCGUCAUCACGAGCAUCGAUGCCAAUGCCAUCGGCCUCAAGAAAAUCGCCAGUGGCAAAGUCCGCGAGAUUUUCGAGGUGGACGAACACACUCUCCUCUUCGUCGCCUCCGACCGCAUCUCCGCAUACGAUGUCAUUCUCACCAACGGCAUCCCCAACAAAGGCGCCCUCCUAACCCAACUCUCCGCCCACUGGUUCUCCCUCAUCAACAAAUCCUACCCCGAGCUUCCCACCCACCUGAUUUCCCUUUCCCUUCCCUCUUCCCUCAAUCCCACCACCGACCAGCAGCAGCACCAUCUCCUCCAGAAACGCAGCAUGCAAGUCCGCCGCAUCCCCGUCAUCCCACUGGAAUCCAUCGUCCGGGGCUACAUUACAGGAAGCGCGUGGUCCGAGUAUCAGAAAUUUGGAACUGUGCAUGGAAUGACUAUGCCCAAGGGUUUGCGCGAGAGUGAGAAGUUGGAGAAGCCGAUUUGGACGCCGAGUACCAAAGCGGAGCAAGGAGAACAUGAUGAGAAUAUUUCGAAGGAGAAGGCGCAGGAGAUUGUCGGGGUGGAGGUGGCGAGGAAGGUGGAGGAGGCGAGUUUGAGGGUUUAUGGGUUGGCCCGCGACUACGCCGAAUCCCGAGGCAUAAUCAUCGCCGACACCAAAUUCGAAUUCGGCCUCGACCCCGUCAGCUCAGAAAUCGUUCUCAUCGACGAAGUUCUCACUCCCGACAGUUCCCGCUUCUGGCCCAAAGACGACUAUGAAGUCGGACGCGCACAGUCGAGUUACGAUAAACAAUAUCUUCGCGACUGGCUCACCAAGUCCGGGUUGAAGGGGAAGGAGGGAGUGAGUAUGCCUGAGGAGGUGGUGCUGGAGACGGCGAAGAAGUAUCGGGAGGCUUUUGAGAUGAUUACGGGGGGAGAGUGGGUUUAGUAGAAUGAAGGGAGGAGGCGAAAAAUUGGAGGAAGGGGGGGCAGUGGGGAGGGUUGACAGGGAGGGAGAGAGGGAGUGAGUGGUCGAUUUAAGCUGCUGAGGUCUGAAAACAAAAGAUCGAGAUUGAAACAAGGCUGAAUUGGUAGAGUAUGCGCUAUAUAGCCGCAAAAAGUGCAAAACUAGCUACAACUUCGUCUGUCUGCUGCCGAAUGAAAACCAUGAUUUGCUUCGUGGUCGAGGUGGUAACAGCUGCUCCAAUUCUCGCGUGUUGAGAUAGGACAAAUCUCCGCGUACUGCGUUGAGAUCUGUGAUGCCGCACAGACGCAUUGCAGUUUCGAUUUCGUCUUGUAGAAUUGCAGCUGCAUGUUCUACACCUUCUUGAUCAUAUAGGACCGCACAUUGGAACGGUCUGCCGACACCUACGCCUCUUGCACCGAGACAGAUGGCUUUGAGAACAUCGCUGCCUCUUCGCACUCCGCCGUCAAUGAAUACUUCCAUUUUCUCAAACACCUCGGGACAAUCUCUCUUGAGCUCCAACAAAAUCAGGAUCGUGCCAGGGGAAUUGUCCAAUGCUCUCCCGCCGUGGUUCGACACCACAAUUCCCGCACAACCCCACUGCAUGGCAAGUUUCGCAUCCGCCGCAGAUUGAAUCCCCUUGACCACAAUCGGCUUGGUGGAAAAUUUCCGAAUCCAUGCAAGAUCUUCCCACUGCAAUGCCCAAUCGAUAAAACUCCCCGUCGUCCUCGCUAAUCCUCCACCUUUACGAUCCACGCCCGCUUUACUCCCACUCGCCGCCACAGCCGUACUGAAAUCCCCCACGAGCAAUCUCUCAUCCGCCUCCCUCUUACUCACGACAGCCAAAUCCACCGUAACAAAAAUCGCUCGAAUCUGCUGCAUGUGCUCCAAUUUCUUCAACACGGCCUCCGUCUUGGCCCGUUGCCGAUCAACAUACAAUUGAAAAAAAUACGGAUACCCCUGAGGAACACUCUCCAAAAUCUCCUCGACGCUCAAACUUGCCGUCGUACUCAUACAAUGUAUAAUUCCACUCGCUGCCGCUCCCGCUCCCAAAGCCGCUUCACCCUGCGGACCGGCGGUUUUGGCAAUUCCCAUGGGACAAAUCCACACGGGCAUGCGCACGGGAGCGCCAAGGAGGGUGGUGGCGGUGGAGAGGGAGCUGACGUUGCGCAUGACGCGGGGUCGGAACCAGAGUUUGUGCCAGAGGGAUUUGUUGGCGGCGAGACUGAGGAGGUCGUUGGAAGCCGAGUGGAUGUAUGCCCAGGCUUUGGUGGGGCCAGACUGGGAAAAGGCGUGUUCGAAAUCGGUGAGGUUGAGAAUGCUGGAGAGAGGAGGUUUCUCGUUGGGGUUGGGAAGGGCGGUUUUGGAGGUGAUUUGUUCUUGUUGAGCGGUUUUCCAGGUUUCGGUGAUGCUGGACUCGUCAAAGUCGCCUAAUUUGGCUUCGGGGGGAAGUUCGUUUUCGAUGAGGUUCUUGGAGUGGUAUUGGUUGUAGGUUUCUGUGCCGUCUUUGCCUGCGAAUUUCCAAAUCAUCUCGGGUCCGCCGGGGUGUUCG